UGUUCUUGCACAGAGUGCUCGCUCGCUCACUAUUCUGCAAACAUGUCUGAGGAUAUAGUGCUUCUUGCUGCAGUUUCUGUUGUGUAUGCCUGCCAGCAAGCAUACUUUGCCAAUCUGGUAGGAAAAUGUAGAAUUAAGUACAAAGUGAUCCCUCCAGCAGUCACGGGACCUCCGGAAUUUGAGAGAACCUUUAGAGCACAGCAGAACUGCAUUGAGUUUUCGGUACUGUUCAUGAUUGACCUCUGGACGGCCGGCUGGUUCUUUAAUCAAGAAUUAGCUGUCUUAUUUGGCUUGUUAUACAUUUAUGGACGACAUUUAUACUUUUAUGGCUAUGUGCAGUCCACUAAAGGAAGGCUGCGAGGGUUUUCAGUGUGUAAAGCGGCAUUGAUCUUGCUAUUGGUCUUGGCUUCAACUGGGAUUACCAACAGCCUCCUGGAUAAAUACCUUAACUUGAAUUUAAUAAAAAAAAUAUUCAAAAGAUAAGGCAAACCCAAAUGGGGAAAUAUAUAUAUAUAAUAUCUUUGUACCUUUUUAUAGCAUGCAGUUUUUUAAAAAUAAAAUCAGUCAUAUGGGAUGUUGUAAGAGGUUAAAUAGUAGAACUAUUAUUUUAGUAUAAGACUUAACACAACUGCGUUAAUUGGGUAAAUUAAUAUUCUUGUACACAAAAUAAAGAUCUUGUUUAUCCUG